UAGUUUCUUUGAAUUCGCAUUACGGACAGCAGGGGGCGGUGGAGCCUCCUCGCGCUGAAGGCGAAGAAGACUAAGGUCACUGCGAGGCAACAUGGCGGCUCCCUCCAAGAAGGUGUUUGAGAUCUUCGUCUCUAAAGUCCCCUGGACUGUGGCCGGAAAGGAGAUGCGGGAGUACUUCGGACAGUUUGGACAGGUCAAGAAGUGUCUUCUGCCGUUUGACAAGGAGACGGGCUUCCACAGAGGCUUCUGCUGGGUGGGCUUCUCGUCAGAGGAGGGUCUGAACAACGCUCUGCAGAAAGACCCUCACGUCCUGGAGGGGUCCCGGCUCCAGGUCCAGAGGAACAAGCGUCUGUUUGCAGGACAGAAGUCCAUCAGAGACGCCGAAGACGACUGAGGGUGAGACGGACUCAGAAGACACCGUCCUCGCCUGUUUGCUUGCAUUGUCUGGAAUGAAUAAAUUUGUUUUUGUUGUAA